AUCCCAGAUUCAUCAGUGCUCACCUGAUACCUGAGAGUGACAAUCCAGAAGAUGACAAAAUCUAUUUCUUCUUCCGCGAAAACGCCAUUGAUGGAGAGCACACUGGGAAAGCUACUCAUGCCAGGAUAGGGCAGAUCUGCAAGAAUGACUUUGGUGGACACAGGAGCCUUGUUAACAAAUGGACAACUUUCCUCAAAGCACGUCUGAUUUGCUCUGUGCCAGGACCCAAUGGCAUUGACACACACUUUGACGAGCUACAGGAUGUGUUCCUAAUGAACUCAAAAGACCCUAAAAAUCCAAUAGUCUAUGGAGUGUUUACAACUUCCAGCAACAUCUUCAAGGGCUCAGCAGUGUGUAUGUACAGCAUGACUGAUGUCAGGAGAGUAUUUCUUGGUCCCUAUGCCCACAGGGAUGGCCCCAACUACCAGUGGGUUCCCUACCAAGGGAGAGUGCCAUAUCCACGGCCAGGAACUUGUCCCAGUAAAACAUUUGGAGGUUUUGAUUCCACCAAGGACCUUCCUGAUGAAGUCAUAACGUUUGCCAGGAGCCAUCCAGCCAUGUACAACCCAGUAUUCCCCAUCAACAACAGGCCAAUCAUGAUCAAAACAGACGUGGAUUACCAGUUCACGCAGAUUGUAGUCGAUCGAGUCGACGCCGAGGAUGGGCAAUACGAUGUGAUGUUCAUUGGCACAGAUAUUGGAACAGUUCUUAAAGUGGUUUCAAUUCCUAAAGAGACUUGGCACGAACUAGAGGAAGUCUUGCUGGAAGAAAUGACAGUCUUUCGGGAACCCACCGUUAUUUCAGCAAUGAAGAUUUCCACAAAGCAG